GGAUUGGUGACACCUCCCGUGUAUAUAACCAGCCUUAAGCUGGCGGCUGCGUCGGGCACUGACACCAACGCCAACCCGGGCCUCCCGACGACCUCCGGCGGCCUCGCUCAGCCCAGCGUCGUUAUUCGGCGACGUGCGCAGUCGGGAUUGGGUCCGCGCCGCUCCCGCAGUGAUGUUGAGGGACGGGCGGCCCGAGUUCCAAUGAAGGAAGGACGCAAGCGAUGUUAUCCCGGAAGAAAAGUAAAAACGAAGCGUCCAAACCGCCCGAGGUCCAGGGCAAAUAUGUCAAGAAGGAGACGUCCCCGAUGCUGAGGAAUCUGAUGCCUUCGUUCAUCCGCCACGGACCGACCAUUCCGAGGCGCACUGACGUGUUAGCAGAAACGGGCUCGUCUGCUUACCCUUCGGCUGGUGAUAUGGUGGUUUCCCGAAACCAAAGUUUCCUACGGGGUCCUAUCCAGAGGCCGGCCCGUGAAAUCGUGAGGCAAGAGAGCAGCAGGCCUUCUGGACCUUCCUACGUUCCAAGAAAUCUGUCUGAAGUCCCUCGAGAAUAUGGUACCUCAUCUCAAUCCUUUCCACCUGAGAUAAACUCUGAGAAUGGAGAUGGCGGCCACUCGGGUGCCCGAUAUUACUAUCCUGACCCAUAUUAUGAUGACGGGCAAAGGCAUCGUCACUUGGCUGAGCGUUUCCGUGACGACCAAAGAUUCUUUGAUCAUAAUCACGAUCCUUAUUCACGGUUACCCCCGGGGCAGGGAAGACUGGCAGCGGGCAUAGGAAGAAUUCCUUCAACUUCCUUAGGAAACCUGACAAAUUAUGGCACCGAUGAAAUGCCUCUUCCUCUUGGCUGGACAGUAGACUGGACUAUUCGAGGAAGGAAAUACUUUAUAGAUCAUAAUACUAACACAACUCAUUGGAGUCAUCCGCUUGAAAGAGAAGGUUUGCCACCUGGGUGGGAGAGAGUCGAAUCGGCCGAAUUUGGAGUUUACUAUGUGGAUCACAUUAACAAGCGAGCUCAGUACAAGCAUCCCUGUGCGCCCAGUGUUCCUCGGUAUGACCAACCUCCACCUCUUCCUCCUCCUGUCACGUACCAACCAAGACCCCCUGAUCGAAACCAGCUCGUCCUAGUUCCGGCAAACCCAUACCACACUGCAGAGAUCCCAGAUUGGCUGAAGGUCUAUGCCAGGGCUCCAGUAAAAUAUGAUCACAUUCUGAAAUGGGAACUCUUCCAACUAGCAGACCUGGACACUUACCAAGGAAUGUUAAAACUGCUCUUCAUGAAGGAACUGGAAAGGAUUGUGAAGUCCUAUGAGGCAUAUAGACAAGCCCUUCUUACAGAACUUGAAAAUCGCAAGCAAAGGCAACAGUGGUAUGCACAACAUAGCAAGAAUUUUUGAUAACCUGCGAAUGUUUGAUGACCUGCGUAUGUGAAUACUAGAAGAUUUGUUUUCCUUCAAAGGACAAUAUUUUUGAGUCUAAUUGAGACUUAUUUUUUAUUGCAUUUCCUAUUAUAAAGUCAUGAAUUCAGCUCUGAAGGGAAAGGGGACUGUCCUUUCUAACUCCCAGCAACCUGACACAAAACAUUUUAUACUUCUAUUAAUGUUGACUUAACUGCCUUUUCUGUACAAAUCAAAUUUUUGCUCCAGAAUCAAUAUUAUAACCAGAAAGUCUGCUUUCUGUAGCUUUAUGCGUGGUUUGAGUGUUUUUUUUAAAAAGAAUGAUUUAACUUAAAGAGUAAAUUUUAAUCAAAUAAGCUAAAGCACACAACAGUGACUUGAUAAGAGAACUGAAAUAUUUGUUUACAUUCAAAGCCAAAUUCCCUGGGGUUUUCUUGUUAACAUUGGAAGCAAUGUUUAAUAUUUUAACACCAUUAUUAAAUGCCAACAAUCAUUGGUGUUACAAACAUGACAAACCAGUUUUAAGAUUGUAGACCUGAAUGAUUGGCUCUCCAUGACUUGACAUUUAUUGCUUUGACUCCACAUUUUGCACCUGAUGAGGACAAAUGAGAAUUUUGGCUCAUUUGCUAUUGCUUUCAACUGAUGUGGCAAAAACGAUCUCAAAGUCUAUUACAAAGAAUCAGGGAUACAAUAAGACUAAUUUGUAGUCUUGUUAUCUGUUAACUAAAGUCAUGUUUUUUGUAAAAAUUGUAAAUUGAUAGCAGUAGACUAUUUUCAUAGAUAUCAUGCAUUUAAAAUGAAAGAUUGAAAUUUCACACUAAGUGGUUUCAUCAAUUCAGUAGCAUACAGGAUUGCUAUUUAUUAAUCCUUUUAUUUAAUGCAGUAAUUACAUGUGUAAACCCAUAAUACAAAUAAACUUGAUUACCG